UUUCUGUUUACCUCUUAUGAAUUUAUAAGACUAUCUUCCUCAUUGUGCUGGUCUUGAGAUUGUAGGUACAAUGCAGCAGACAUAGCUCGUGUAGUUCAAAAGUAAGUUUCGCUCUUAAAAAUAUCGGGAUAAAGUUUUGGAUGCGCGGUCAUUUACCCCGGGCAGGUAAACAUUGAUUUCCCAACAUCUACCGCCUAUAAAGGUCAACUUUUCAUCCAAAUAUUUAAUAUGGUGGUUGUUUCAUUGGUAUGAUUUAGCGAAUUCGAUUUCGCAAUGCAAAAGAAGGAGGAGAGUUUUGAACAGAAAAAGUUGGAUUUAGAAGUAUGGCUUCAGAGGAUGGAGUCCAGAAUAGCGAGUAUGGCACCGGUGGGGCACACCGCUGACGUACUCGAGGCACAACUCAGAGAGCAAAAGGGUUUACAUGCUGAACUCCAUCAGUUUAAAGCUCAAAUUGAGUGUUUCCAGCAAGUUACUCAAAGGUUAAUCACUGCUCACCAACAUGAAGACACUAGCAGAUACAAGAAGGCAGCUGAGUACAUAAAUCAACAUUAUUUACGGUUGGACGCAUGUAUCAUUAAUCGUGGCAAGCUGCUCCAUUCAGCAUUGAGUUCUCUACAAAAUUUUGAUAGAUCUCUGGAUAAAUUCUUGGCAUGGCUCAGUGAGGUUGAGUCCGUGGUAGAGACCCUAGAAGGCGACAGUGAAUCAAGAAGAGCAGCUCAUCAAUUGAAAGAAAUUCAGGCUGAUAUUGAACGACAAUCUCAGACGCAUGCAGCUCUACGUUCUUCUCACCUGGCCCUUUUAGGUACUCUAUCGCCUGAAGAUGCUGUGAUGGUGCAGCUUAGAGGAGAUGAAAUGGAACGGAGGUGGCAGGCUCUUAAAACCCGUACAGCUGACUUGAGAAAUCGUCUUGAGCAUAAUGUUGACUAUUGGAAUUCAGUGCUUCUUUCUCUGAGAGAACUGACUGAAUGGGUCAUUAGAAAAGAUACCGAACUAGGUCUAGCAGCAAGGCAAGACGACCACAGAGCAUUCCGCCAGCAGCUUGAAGACAAAAGACCUCUUGUAGAGGCCAGCUUACGCAGCGCCAGGCAGUUCGUAGCCGGAGAUCCAUCUGGAGAACUAGCCAGGAACUUAAGAAGAGAGCUCGUAAAACUUUCGGACAAAUGGAAUGCUCUUAUAGAUAAAUCAGAUAAGCUUGCCGCCAAAUUUGAACAGAAUUCUUUGAAAUUGAAACAGUUGACUAGUGCUCUGGAGGAAUCAUGUUCUGCCGUCUCUCGACUAGAAAGAGCGACGCUAACAUGGAGCGGGCCGAGAAGCGCCGCCGAGGCACGCGAGCUUUUAACAAAUCUCCGAAUACUGGAACAACAACUUCCAUCGCUGCAGCGGUCACUGGAAGACGGCAGAAUGCAAGCUAUGAAUAUCGGCAGCGCUUUGCCUAAUAAUUUGGCAGUUCAAUUGGAGGAUUGCACCGCUAGAUGUAGAGCUCUGCAGGCUGCUAUAAGAGAAAGAAGGGAACAGUUGACUAGUAGUUGUCAAGGAGAAAUAUCCCCUGGCCCUUCAAGCGUCCAACCCCCUUGGGAGAGAGCAACAACUCCAAAUAAGGUUCCGUACUAUAUAAAUCACAGCACAGAGACCACCCACUGGGAUCAUCCUCAAAUGCUAGAACUGGCCGGCUCGCUCCUACAACUUAAUGAUGUUCGGUUCUCUGCUUAUCGUACUGCCAUGAAGCUUAGGGCAAUUCAAAAAAAACUAUGUCUCGAUCAAGUUAACCUAAACGUUGUAUCCGAAGCGUUUGAUUUGCAUGGUCUUAGGGCUCAAAAUGAUAAAAUAUUAGAUGUCGCCGACAUGGUUCUGGUCCUUAGAGCGAUCUACGGUAGCCUGUCGUCGCAGGAUCCUAACGCUAUAGAUUUACCCCUCGGCGUUGAUUUGGCCUUGAAUUGGCUGCUGAACGUCUAUGACAGCCAACGUACCGGCCAAAUUCGCGUCCUCAGCUUCAAAGUGGGGCUUACGUUACUGUCCAAAGGUCAUUUGGAGGAUAAAUAUAGGUAUCUCUUCAGAUUAAUCGCGGAUCCCCAUCAGAAAGCAGACCAAAGGAAACUGGGUCUCCUGCUCCACGAUAUACUGCAAGUGCCCAGGCAGCUGGGCGAAGUGGCCGCUUUUGGAGGGUCUAAUAUUGAACCCAGCGUUAGAAGUUGUUUAGGAGAGAGAGAAGACUUGGAAGCCGCUCAUUUUCUGGCCUGGUUAAAGCAGGAGCCUCAGUCUCUUGUCUGGCUGCCGGUGUUGCAUCGCAUCGCCGCCGCGGAGAAUUCCAAGCACCAAGCGAAAUGUAAUUCGUGCAAACAGUACCCGAUCGUGGGCAUGAGAUACCGUUGCCUCAAGUGUUUUAAUUUUGACAUGUGCCAGAGUUGUUUCUUUUCCGGCAAGUUGACGAAGGGACACAAACUGACGCAUCCGAUGCACGAGUAUUGCGGCGCCACCACUUCCAUAGAGGACAUGCGCGAUUUCACCAAAGCGCUGAAAAACAAAUUCAAGAGCAAGCGAUACUUCACGAAGCAUCCCAGGAUGGGUUAUUUGCCGGUCAGGUCGGUUCUCGAAGGGGACGAGUUGGAAAGUCCGGUGGCUUCGCCGCAGCACAACGACAUGCAUUCUAGGUUAGAAAUAUAUGCCUCCCGCUUAGCGGAGGUAGAAUUGAGGGCAGCUUCUCCGGAGGAUGAACACAGACUCAUAGCCGACUAUUGCCAGUCACUAGAAGGGGCGCCCGCUAGCCCCGGACAGUUGAUGCUCGUAAUCGAUGAGGAGCAACGGGCGGAACUUCAGGAAAUGAUCAGGGAGCUAGAGUUCGAAAACCAGGCCCUGUUGCAGGAGUACGAACAAUUGCAGCACGGGCCGACCCCCCAUCCUCCGCAACAGCCUCACCACGACGUUCUAGCGGAAGCGCGACUGCUCAGGCAGCACAAAGGGAGGUUGGAAGCGAGGAUGCAAAUUCUGGAAGAUCACAACCGGCAAUUGGAAGCGCAGCUGCAGAGAUUAAGGCAGCUCCUCGACGAAACACCGAAUUCUACUCUUCAAACGAGAAGUGUGACCGCUUCCCAACUUAACCAGGACACUCCGGGUAGGAUUAGCCAGCCCCCACCACCAGCCGAAAUGAGAUAGGCUGGGUUAAAAUAAAAUUACUUCAGAUUAAGAAGUAAGUGGUUACGAUGUUAGAUUAGUAUCUAAACUAACCAGUCUACGUGCAUAUUUUAAGUUUUGCUUUAAGGAAAAAUGUCGAGCUAACCCUUUUUCGGUUUGCAGUUUGAAAGACGGCAUUUAAUACACUGCUAAAAAAAAAGUAAGGACUAAAAAUUAUAAGUAAAAAUUUCGAUAUUAAAGGAUCGAUGGGUUUAUAACAUUUUUACUUUUGUUCGUUUUGUUUUUGUUUUUUUUUAUAAGCCCAACGCAGAACUCAUCGAUUUUGUAAUGCUAACAGCGUUUUAACAACCGCUCACCACUGCAAAAUGGCUUUUGGCCAAUUAAAAAUAAAAUUACUAUUGGUAGUAUUAGUUCUUGACGUUCGGGGAAAAUAUGAAUAAAAACAGUUCAUUAUUUUGCAACUGUUUAAUAUUGUUACCAAAAAUACAACAUUUUGGUAGUGUCACGUAUGGAACCGCCGGAUAAAAUUGUCAAAAAAGUAAGGGUUUUAUUCGUAAUAUUGUUAAAAUUUUAGGAAAAUUAUUAACAUUUCACUGAGAGAUGUCUCGAAAACUGAACAUGGGAUCGAUUUGGCCCCACUAUUGUUCAGAAAGUUAGCUUUUAGAUUUUGUACAAUCUUGUAUGUCAAUAAUUAAAAAAAUAUAUUCUAGUGAAUUUUUCAACAAAAAAAAUACAUAUUUUAUAGUAUGUGUCGGUGAAAUAAGUCUGCUAUUAUUUUCUGCCUUAUUUUCUUCAAUUUUAAGGUAGAAGCGAUUAUUAUGGUUGUCUAGUUAAUUUCUAUAAUAACAAAUACAAAAAUACUGUAGAAAACAUGAUAUCGGACAUCAGCCUAAAAUGAGAUGCGAUUAUUUUGUAUAUUUUUUUCCUGAUCUACCGAUUUAUCGACAACAAACUUUCACAUUUGUUUUUCUUUUAUCUCCAAAUAAAUUUCGUAAGAUAUACAGACGUAUACGUGACAUGAAAACAAGGAUAAGUAAGCUUAUAAUUUGAAUUAUGACAAUACUUGCAGAAAGUAGAAUUUCGCCAGUUUAAGGACUUUGCAGAAAGUUGUGCAUUAAAAAAACAGUAUGAAAUCGAAGAAGACUGAAAAGAAAAAAAAAGAACCAAUUUUAAAAGAAAUGCUAAAGAAACGUGGUGUUUUGGUUAGUUUAUCGAUAUAAAAUGAGAUAGUCGGCAUCGUAUUUUUCGACCGAACGUGGAUAUUUUAAAAUCGAAGUGAUUGAACAUCUUGGCAAGAUAGGGAAAGAUGAGAAAAACGAUUCAUUAUUUUGCAACUGUUUAAUAUUGUUACCAAAACUACAACGUUUUUUUAUUCUCUGUGUUUUCUGAUUUGAUUUAUGUAAUCAGUCACAUAUGGACCCCCAUUAAGGCUUUUAUUUAUAAUAUUGUUAAAAUUAUAGGAAAAUUAUUAAAAUUCCACUUUCUUCAACUUUGAGCAGAGAUAUCUCGAAAAGUGGGAUCGAAUUGGCCCCGUGAAGACAAUUGUUCAGAACGUUAGCGUUUUCUUAAAAAUAGGCCGAAAGCCAUUUUGCAUAAUAAAAGUGAGAUGACCGAAACUUAUUGAAUUUCAAACAAAACUAUUUUUAACACAUUUUUCAUUGACUGUCUAAUAUUAAAUUCUUUCUACUCUAGAUCGGUCGGGUUGCAUAGUUUUCUCACCUAAUUAAUUAAAAAUUUACUUUUUGUUGAUGUGUGGUUAGUAGUUUUUUAUAUUUUAUAAAAAUACUUUAAUAUUUACACUGCCUCUACCCAACAUUUCUGUGGUUGACUAUAAUACGAAGCACAAAGGUCGACGAAUCUCUGUAUAGUAUCUUACUCAUAAGCUUAUAUGUGUUGCAUAAAUGUGAUAUUGUAUACCAUCCCUCCUGUCGACGCACACGAAUCGUUGAUGAAUAUUUUUAUUCGAUCGAAGUUGUUUAAGUGUGUCUCGGGCCCUGGUGUAGCGUUUCUGUUAAACUUCACAUAUAUAUAUAUAUAUAUAUAU